CGCGGUGCUGGUUUACUUCUUCACAUGGGCUUCCAACGAAUACACGGAGUGAGAAUUACGGCGUUUAUGACGACGGGCCAGACGACCUUUCGACUACACUGCGAAAACAGGACCGUUCAUUAGCCGCCCCCGCCAUCAUGAAGUUUGCCCACGAUUUCAAGGCGGCGUUGGCGACACAAGAUUUCCCAGAGGAAUGGAUUCAGCGCGCGAUCCCCUACAGCCAGCUUAAGAAAUGCCUGAAAAGAGUGCAGCGCGAGCUGGAGGGGCUUGGGCUGGAUGUCGCAACGCUGCGCACGCUCCUUGAAAAGGAUAGCACGUCGCCAAUUGCGAUGCAGUAUAGCCUCGAUGCCGAUUCCGACUCUGCUAUAGUACACCCCAAGCUCACUGUAAUGUUACAUGUGGAAGAGGGUGUUCUGGUCGACGCAUCUCUGAGCGAUGCCUCCAAACUCUUCUUAAAAAAGCUAGCGACUGAUAUCCGCCGCCCAAGUGCAGCCUCCGCUGUCGAAAUCGAACAUGAAAGCACAAACGGAGCUGCUGCCGACGAAAAGCAUGCCAACGGCGAUGAAGACCUAGAAUUAAAGCUGACCCCCACCAACGGCAGCCAGCGCGAAGUCAUCGAGGUGCCGCUUGUAUUUGACAGCGAAUUCUUUGAUCUGCUGCAAAGCGAUGUUCAGAAUAUCGAAGCCCUGCAGAAGCAGGAGCUCACCAAUCUCACAAAGGACGUUAUAAGUCUCAAGGACGAAGUCGCCCAGGCGUCAAAGCCGAGCCGGUUUUCUAAAAACGACCUGGUACGCUGGCGAGAGAUUUUUGAACUAUACUUGGAUGCGGGCAUCUUUUUCGCAAACCUUGAGCAGGACCAUGGUGCUCGAACAAGCGCCAAGGCUCUGAAGCAACUCCAGUGGUUCCAAGAACAGGUUGACAAGCGAAGCCUCGCAAAAGCCUUUAAGCUUGCAGAAAGCCGGCAGGCAUUCUCUCGAUUUCUGGAGAUUAACGCGAGUCUACUGAAGAAUCUACAAUUCCAAGAACUCAACAGCCUGGCAGUGUCGAAGAUCCUAAAGAAAUUCGACAAGAGAACCGCGCUCGGAGUCUCCAAGACGUUUCCCAACACGAUUCAUAAGGGAAAGCUGCUCUCUGGAAGCAUUGCGAAAGACGUCUGCUCGACCAUGUCGCAGGAGCUCAUGACGCUUCUGCCCCAGAUAAACGACUAUUUGUGCCCCGUGUGCUUCUCGCUAGCAUAUAGACCGGUGCGGCUGGACUGCCAGCAUGUGUUUUGCAUCCGUUGUAUCAUCAAGAUUCAGCGCCGAGGCGAGCACCACUGCCCGCUUUGCCGCGCAGACGUUGUAAUGAAGGCUUCAGCUGAUAACCUGGACCGACCAUUAGAAAAGUACCUGCGAAAGUACUUCCCCAACGAAGUCAAGGAGAAGCAGCGAGCAAACGAGAUUGAACGCGGCAUAGAAGACUACGGACCAUCAUACAAGCAUCAGGAAUGCAUAAUCAUGUAAUUACGAAACAAUAUACCCCAUAAUCUUUUGCAUAAUUUUUUGGAAAUCGAAUUCAUAGACUAUUCUGAUAUACUUUUCGUGUUCUACCACACCGUGUAACAAAAAUCAUAUGUGCUCUACGACGACGAGUCAAUGGCGUUCAAGGCAGACUGGAAAGUCUCGCGCAACUCGUCCUUGUCCUCUAGACCGACGCUGAUGCGCACCAAGUUCGCAUCGACACCAUACUCAGCCGCCCAGCCCAGCUCCGUGUAAUGGGCCAGGAUGGCAUACGGCGAGCAAAGCGUAAAGUUGGUGCCCAAGCUAGGUCCCUUUGCAAUCGCCAUGCUAUCAUAAAACUUCUCGGCCUGCUGCGCAUUCUCAAACACAACCGACAAGAGACCGCCGUAGCCGCCAUUGGGACGCCGGCAGGCAUCGUAGUUGGCCUUGGAGGCGCUAAACUUGGGGUAAAACAGGUCCUUGACGUGCUUGUUCCCUUGGAGCACUGAGCAAAUCAGCUCGGCGUUGGCGUUUACUCGGUCCACGCGGUCACGGUAGUCGCGGCUGUUGCGCUCCAUGAAGAUGAUGUCCUCGGCCCAGUACGUGUCCUCGUAUACGCGGCCAUACGACGCCUUAAGGGCCUCAAAGUACCUGCUCUUCGGGUUGAGGAUCGCGCAGCCGCCCAUGACGUUGGACUCGCCCGAGAAGAUCUUGGUCAGACUGCUCACGACGACGUCGGAGAACUGCAGCACGUCGACGUUGGCAAAGGUGCCGAUUGUCUCGUCGACUACAACGGCAAAGUCGAAUUCGUCGGCGAGCGCGCGGAUCUUGCGCAAGUUCGGGCUCACGAGGAGGGGAUUUCCGGGGAACUCGCAGAAUAGAGCGAGGAUCUUCUCGCCUCCGCGUAGAAGGGCCUCGAGCUUGUCGAGGUCUGAGUCCGACGCGAAGCCGAAGAAGAAGCAGCCAGGGCCGAACUUUUGCAGAACCUUGAGUGUGUCGACGUAGGGGAAGCCGAAGCUUACGCUCUUUUUGGCACCACGGCAGUCGAGGAGUGCGCGGUGCGUGUGGAAAAUGGCGUUCAUGCCGCCUGAGAAGAGAUAUACAUUGUCGCAUGCGGUGCAGGGGCUUGUCGUUCCGUCCUCUUGGGGUGUAGGGUCGGUAAUGGAGCCCACGAUGCGGCGGCAGAUGGCUGUCUUGGCUUGCCCGACGAGCGUGACGUUGAGGUUUCGGCCGAAUCGCUCUUCGAGGAACUGUGUUGAUUCUUGGCUUUCAGGUGGUGGAGAGGGCUUCGAUUUGGGUGGUGAGGGCACGGUGGUAGUCGACUCUGUUUGGUAUCUGCGAGGGCCGCGGAAUGGUUUGACGGCAGUGUCUGUGGAUUGUUGCUUUUGUUGGGCGCAGGUUAGGAGAUCGUUGCUGAGCAGCUCGGUGCAGAAUUCGGCGUGGCGGCUGGAGAUGCCGUCGCCGGUGUGCUGCCAGUACUGCUUGGCGAGGGGGAACAGGUCUGUCGGGAAUAGGACGGCAGAAAGAGUCGGCAUGAGGCGGGACAGAAGCGCGGAUGUGUUCUUUUCUUGGUGGAGGCGGAAAUCGAGAACACGGACGUUGGCGCCGGCGUUGGGGGCGAGGAUGAAGUCCUGGCAGCGGCGGGCGGCGUUGGAGCAGGGGAAGAGCAUGGCGCUUUGGUUGGCUGUGGCGUGCUUCUCGACAAUGAGGGAUUCAAGCUGCUUGAUGCUCUUGUGGAUAAAGA